AUGGCAAGUUUGGAUCAUCAACGGAUGGCAAAAGAGUUCACUUCCUCCCAUACAUCUUGGAGCUUCAUCCCUCCUGCCUCCCCACACAUGGGAGGGGCAUGGGAGCGUCUCGUAAGAACCGUCAAGCAGAACCUUGUGAAACUUAAAUCGAACCGAACGCUAUCCCAUGAAGUUCUUGAAAACCUGCUAGCGGAGAUCGAGAAUAUCGUUAACUCUCGCCCGUUAACCUGCAUCCCUGUUGAUGACGACCAGUCACCUGUACUAACUCCCAACCAUUUUCUUCUGGGAUCAAGUAAUGGAUUGAGACCCUGGGUUCCUUUUGAUGACAACUCACAAGUGCUGAAGAAUUGCUGGAAGCUGUCGCAAUCUUUAGCCAACCAAUUUUGGAAACAGUGGCUCCGAGAUUAUCUCCCGUAUAUCACUCGUAGAACCAAAUGGUUAACGGAAACGAAGCCCAUAGGUAUCAAUGACAUAGUGAUUAUAGUAGAUCCGAAUUCUCCACGAAACACUUGGCUUAAAGGCCGAGUAAUUGGAACCAAGCAGGGCUCGGACGGACAGGUCCGCAGUGCUACGGUACAAACUCCGUGGGGCAUCUACGAGCGACCAGCUGUGAAACUUGCCGUGCUUGACGUAGGCGUCUGUAUCAAUGCAACACCUAGUAAUUGCAUUCCGAGGGGGAGUGUUGGUUACGCUACGUCUUCACCCGUUGAACCCGAAUACCCCAGUGUAACCGAUACUGAACCGAUGCCACACCUGCCACCUUCUGAGGGGAUUGACAACGCUACUUCUGCAAAACAGCAUCUACACAGCAAGAACAGGACAAUGAACAACAAUAGAUCUACGAUUGCCACUAUUGCGCGCUAG